AUCAUUGAAUUACAGCAUCGAAAUGGGGCCGCGGAUGCAUUUUUUGUUAGUGGUUUUUAUCGCUGCAAUCGCCAGAGAGGCAAAGCUCACGAACGCCAAUGUGAUCUUUCGCUUUGAACUGGAUUUUCAUGUAAAAUCUGAUAAGUCGACGGAGCAGGAAGAUGUUAUUAAUAAAACUGUAAUCUUCAAUAAUGACCACAUCACCGUCAAAAACAAUCUCAAUCCUGAUGAGUCAAUAGAAGAAAAAUUAACUGAACGCCCGGAGGAGUUGUUGCUGGUCACAACCACCGUUGAGCCCCCCAGAUCUAUGUCUGAUUUUUGGUUGGAAGAGCAAAACCUCACUGGGAUGACUGAUAAAAAAUUAAAAGAAAUUGUAGAAGCGUUAACCAAGCUGAAUGAGGAAAUAUCGCCAGUGGUAGGGCGCAGUGACUUUGGGUCAUCUAAGGUGAAGAUAAUCACACGCUAUUUGAAUAUUUUGGAUGCUUCGGCGGCCGAGGCGCUCAGCUCGAACACCACCAGCUCCGGCAAUAAAUUUGAAUAUCUGCGAAAAUUUAUAAAAUUAGUGGACAAGUUGAAGGAGCCCCCCAUGGGAGUGAAUGGCGGGGAACGCACGAUGGAGUAUCUGAUACUUAAAUUAGCGCUGGAAAAAUAUCAAAUCGCAAAACUGCAAGCUGACGUAGAAGAGCAAGUGAUUGCGGCCGAGAAGGCGUGGCAGCAGUAUCGUGAAUCGAAAUUGGUUGAAGUGAACAUUUGAGAAUGAGUAGUAGAAUCUCGUUCGGAGUUUAAACCUUGAAGGAGUGAUUUAACAAAAAUGCGUGAAAUUUAAUUAAAGCAAAUGUAGCGUAGAUAUGUAAUCAAAUAACGGUUACUGGUGACCAGAUGUUUUCAUUAAAAUGUAAUCUACUGCGGAAAUAUAUUAUGUAAAAAAAUAGCAUACAAUUAAAA